AUGGCCAGUGCCGGCCCUGAGGAGGAGGAGGCGACUAUGAGGGAGGAAGAAGCCCUGAAGAAGCUGGUCGUCCGGCUCCAAAACGUCCAGGAGAGGAAGCGGCUGGAGACGCUGGUGCAGAUCCUGAGCGACCUGCUGGAGCUGGCGGCCCGACAGAGCGCUCCCCGGCUCUUCAGCGGUAAAAACGUCCAUGUGCCCUUGCUGCUAGUGGUGGACUUGUACCCGGGAGCGGCUGGCGUGCAGCAGAUGGGUUGGUCACUUCUUUGUAAAUUAAUAGAAAUUUGUCCAAGUACUCUACAGAAUAUAGCUCCCAAGGAUGUUGGGAAGGACUGGGAAGUACUGGGUGUUCACCAGCAAAUUCUUAAAAUGCUUACAGUCCACAAAGGAAAUAUAAAUCUCUCAGUAAUAGGACUGAAAGCAUUAAAUCUACUUCUCAUGUCAGAUGUAAUUGCUUUCCUACUCUUGGAGGAAGAAGUGGAUGUGUUUUCCUUGGUAUUUGAUGCAAUGCACACCUUCCCUACAAAUGAAGAGAUCCAGCAACAUGGAUGUAAAGCAUUACACAAACUUUUUGAGAAAGUUCCAGAAGAGCAGCUGACUGAAUUUGUUGAAAGCAAAGAUCAUAUGAUCAUACUGAAAGUAUUUAAAGAGUUUCCAGAGAAAGAAGAGGUGAUUCUUCCUGCUCUUUAUUCAUUACAUUCCUUGGCUGGUCCAGCCAGCAAUGUGGAAGUGCUUAUGUCUGGAAAUGUUCGCUGUUACAAUGUUAUAGUGGAAAUGAUGAGAAGUUUCCCAAACAGUGAAACAGUUCAGGAAGUCAGUUGCUGUUUGUUGCAUAAGCUUACAUUGGGAAAUUUUUUCAAUAUCCUUGUAUUACAUAAGAUUCCAGAAGUUAUUGUGAAGGCUGUUAAAACAUAUUCUGAAAAUGCAAAGUUACAAGCUGCAGGUCUCAGUUGUUUAGCUCUUCUAACUGAAACAAUAUUCUUAAACCGAGACUUAGAGGAAAGAAAAGAAGAGGAGGAGGAAGGAAAGUUAUGCUGGUUGGAACCAUGUUACAGAGCAUUAGAACUGCACCGAAAAAACACAGAUGUGCUGGAGGCUGCGUGCUGGGCUUUGAAAAAUCUGUUUCUGUAUCAGCACAACCUUCAUGAGAAGAUUGGAGAUGGAGAUAAUCAGUUCCCAAUAGACAGAGCAGUGAUGCUUUCCAUGCUGAUGCACUCGUCUUCAAAAGAAGUGUUUCAGGCAGCUGCUAGUACCUUGGCAAUUUUGACACAACAAAAUGUAAAUAUUAGGAAGACGCUUUUGGCUAAAGGCAUACAUAUGAAUGUUUUGGAUAUAAUGAGGAAACAUCCACAUUCUCCUGAAGUGGCUGAAGGUGCCUGCAGAGUUCUGAAUCAUGUUUUCGAGGGCAGUUUCCCUCAUCUGGAUGUAAUGACAGUAGCUGUAUCAGAAGUUGUAAAAGCCAUGAAGAAACAUGAAAAAUCACUCUCUCUACAACUGGAAGCACUUCGAGUCCUUUUACACUUUAUGAAGCCUGAUAUGAAGAACAAACACCACAACAGUUCUUCCAGCGACAUGGGUGAUGCUGCUUUUGCACUUACAGUAAAAGUCAUUAAAAGCCAGUGUCUGUUGGAGGGAACUCAUUCAUUGGUGCUCAGUGCUUUGAACAGGUUUAUUGGAAAUCCUAGCAUUCAGAAAUGUGGAUUAAAACUACUUGCAUCUGUAGCUGAGUGCACUGGAGCACUAGAAAUUUUAACCCAACAAGGAGCUACUGACACUGUGCUUCACAGCCUACAGAUGUUUCCAGACGAACAAGACAUACAGUGUUUGGGUUUGAGUCUUCUAUGCUCUUUGAUCACAAGAAAAGGUUUAUGUAUUGCAACUAUGCAUGUCCUGUCAGCAGUUCUGGUUUCUACGCUGCGGAGAUUUAAAGAAGUCACUGAAAUCCAGAUGCAUGGAUUUCAUGCGAUCUUGUCAAUUCUUUACUUGUCACCUUGUUUUGCAAAGCUGCUGCUACAUGAAUCAUUUGACACGGUUGUUUUCUACCAGAUGUCUAGGUGUUUCACUGACCAACGAAAUCGACAGUUCCAAAGCCUGUGUUGUAAAUGUUUUGCUAAAAUAGCCGAAAAUGACGAUUUAAAAAAUAUGAUGCUGAACAAAGCGUGUAUUGAGUAUAAUAGUACUAUGGCUGAAUGUUUGCUUCUGCUGGGAGCUGAUAUCAAUAAGAAGACAAAGACAAACUCUUUGAUUUAUCAGGUUUGUGAGAAAGGAAAUAAUCCUGAAUUGGUAGAAUUGCUAUUAGCCAAUGGUGCUCGAGAGCAGGAUGUUCGGUGUGCGUUAACCAUCAGCAUAAAGAGAGGGGAUAGCCAAAUCAUCAGCUUGCUUUUAAAGAAGCUUAGCCUCGAUGUUGCCAACAGCAGUAUAUGUCUUGGAGGAUUCGGUAUUGGGAGACUAGAACCUUCCUGGCUCAUUCCUUUGUUCCCAGAUAAAAGUACUCCAUUAAGAAAACAAAAUGCAGGCUCUGCACUGGCAAGAAUGGUGCUUAAAUUCCAGAUGAAGAGUAUUUCAGAGGAUAGAUCAAGAGCCUCCUUUGAUCUAAACUCUGAAGAUGGAGUGGAUAAAAACUAUGAUUGGAAUUUCAUUUCUGACCCAUUAGUGGACACUCUUUUUCCUUUGAGUGAUGAUAUUGAUAGUGAAGGAAGUGAAGGCUCAGUUUUUACAAAAAAGAAGUCUAAUUCCAUUGCAGUUGCUGACUUAUAUUGUAGAGAAACAGUGUUUCAAAGAGGUUCUCCUACUUUGCCACGACAUUCCUACUCUGUGGGAGCUGGCUCAGAUUAUGAACCAUUAAUGAAACAUAGAAGAAAAUUCUUGCCUUCAGAUGAAUCCCUCAAAGGCAUCUCAAAACUUUCACCUCAUAUAAGACCAUCAGACAGUCUUUCUUCACUGAUCUCAGAGAAAGAAUGUAUUAAAUCACUAGAUCUUUCAUCAAAUGAGCUGGAGAACAUUGAUGCCAUCAGCCAGAGUAGCUGCUUAACUAGUCAUCUGGAACAUCUUGAGAAACUGGAGCUCCACCAAAAUGCUCUUACAAACAUUCCAGAACAACUAUGUGAAAACUUGAAAUGUUUGACUUACUUGGAUUUGCACAGUAACCGAUUUACUACAUUUCCAACUUAUUUACUGAAAAUGAAUUGUAUUGCAAAUCUUGAUAUCUCUCGAAAUGACAUUGGACCUUCUUUUGCUUUGGCUCCACACCUCAGAUGUCCAACUCUAAAGCAUCUUAAUCUUUCAUACAAUCAGCUGGUUUGCAUUCCUGAAUUUCUUGCAAAUGUUGCUGAAAAUCUGGAACAGUUGUUACUAGAAGGAAACAAAAUUUCAUGCUUAGGAUCACCCAUAUACUUGAAAGAAUUGAAAAUUUUAAACAUUAGUAAGAACAAUAUUUCAUCACUUGCUGAAAAUGUCUUCAUGGGUUGUACAAAACUGGAGCAGCUGAACGCCAGGAUGAAUGCUCUGGAAACAAUACCUGACUUGUCAUCCAGCAUAACAAGCUUAAAAUUAUCCCAAAAUCAGUUUAUUAAUAUUCCAGAAGCAGUUCUUCUUUUACCACAUUUGCGAUCAGUAGAUUUAAGCCAAAACAAGAUCAUAAACCUGCCUGGGCCAAUGCACUGGAAAUCAUUAAACUUAAGGGAGAUGUUAUUUAACCAUAAUGAAAUAGGUAUCUUGGACUUGAGUGAAAAAGCAUGUGCAUGGUCUAGGCUGGAAAAGCUACAUCUGUCCCACAACAAGUUAAAGGAGAUUCCUCCUCAGAUUGGCUUCCUGGAGAACUUGACUUCUCUGGAUGUAAGUCAUAAUCCUGAUUUGAGGUUCUUUCCAGAUGAAAUGGGAAAACUGUCCAAAAUCUGGGAUCUUCCUUUGGAAGGACUCCAUCUAAAUUUAGACUUCAAACAUGUGGGGUGCAAAGCCAGAGACAUUAUCAGAUUUCUUCAGCAACGGCUGAAGAAAGCUGUACCUUAUAACAGAAUGAAGCUUAUGAUUGUUGGAAACACUGGCAGUGGGAAAACUACCCUGCUACAACAGCUAAUGAGAUGCAAACGAACAGAAUUGGGCUCUCCAAAAGCUACAGUAGGCAUUGAUGUAAAGGACUGGAUCAUUCAAGGGAAAGGCAAAAUGAAGAAAGAGCUUAUAUUAAAUGUGUGGGAUUUUGGAGGACAAGAAGAGUUCUACAGUACUCAUCCUCAUUUUAUGACCCAAAGAGCUUUAUAUCUUGCUGUUUAUGAUCUCAGCAAAGGACUUGCAGAAGUGGAUGCUAUGAAGCCAUGGCUUUUUAACAUCAAGGCUCGAGCUUCAACAUCCCCUGUCAUUCUGGUUGGCACUCAUUUAGAUGUUUCUGAUGAAAUGCAGCGUAAGGCCUGCAUGAGUAAAAUUGCUAGAGAGCUGUUGAAUAAGCGAGGCUUCCCAGCAAUCCAAGAUUAUCACUUUGUGAACGCUACAGAAGAAUCAGAUUCCGUUAUCAGACUUCGGAAAAUCAUAAUAAAGGAGAGUCUUCACUUCAAGAUCAGAGAUCAACCAGUGGUGGGUCAGCUAAUUCCUGACAGCUACCUGGAGCUGGAGAAAAGAAUUUUGCUGGAACGUAAAAAUGUCCCAGUUGAAUUUCCUGUGAUUGAUCAGAAACGCUUACUGGAACUGCUACAGGAAAGCCAGAUAAAACUGGAUGAAAAUGAACUCCCUCAUGCAAUUCACUUUCUGAAUGAGUCAGGUGUACUCCUUCAUUUUCAAGACCCAGCACUACAGCUAAGAGAUCUGUAUUUUGUAGAUCCUAAGUGGCUAUGUAAAAUCAUGGCACAGAUUCUGACAGUGAAAGUGGAAGGAUUUUCUAAAUAUCCUAAGGGAAUCGUAAAGCGUUCAGAUGUGGAAAAAUUCCUUUUAAAGAAGAGCAAGUUUCCUAAAGUCUACAUGUCACAAUACUUUAAACUUCUGGAAAAGUUUCAGAUUGCUUUGCCAUUAGGAGAGGAUCAAUUAUUAAUCCCAAGCAGUUUGUCUGAUCACAGACCUGUUAUAGAGCUUCCCCACUGUGAAAAUUCAGAAAUCAUUAUCAGGCUUUAUGAGAUGCCAUACUUCCCUAUGGGAUUUUGGUCCAGGCUGAUCAACAGGUUGCUUGAAAUAUCACCUUACAUGCUGUCAGGAAGAGAGCGAGCACUUCGUCCCAAUAGAAUGUAUUGGAGACAAGGCAUCUACUUGAAUUGGUCUCCUGAAGCUUAUUGUCUAGUGGAAUCAGCAGUAUUUGACAACAACCCAGACAGUUUUUUGAAAAUCACAGCGCCGUCUUGCAGAAAAGGGUGCAUCCUUUUGGGCCAAGUUGUGGAUCACAUAGAUUCUCUUAUGGAGGAAUGGUUUCCAGGUUUGCUGGAUAUAGAUGUAUGUGGUGAAGGAGAAACCCUGUUGAAGAAGUGGGCUCUGUACAGCUUUCAGGAUGGUGAAGAACACCAAAAAAUACUACUGGAUGACUUACUUAAAAAAGCUGAAGAAGGUGACCUUUUGGUAGAUCCAGAUCAACCAAAAUGUACCAUUCCAAUAGCUCAGAUUGCUCCUGAUCUGAUGCUAGCUGAUUUGCCUAGAAAUAUUAUGUUGAAUAACGAUGACUUGGAAUUUGAUGAAGCUCCUGAAUUUCUCCUGGGUGAUGGUGGUUUUGGAUCUGUGUACCGUGCAUCCUAUGGUGGAGAAGAGGUUGCCAUAAAGAUAUUCAAUAAACAUACUUCCCUGAGGCUUCUAAGACAAGAGCUUGCUGUGCUUUGUCACCUCCAUCACCCCAGUUUAGUGUCUCUGCUGGCUGCUGCAAUCCGUCCCCGGAUGCUGGUGAUGGAAUUAGCCCUUAAAGGAUCUCUUGAUCGUUUGCUUCAACAAGACAAUGCAAGUUUAACUAGAACACUUCAGCACAGGAUAGCUCUACAUGUGGCUGAUGGUUUAAGGUACCUGCAUUCAGCAAUGAUCAUCUACCGUGAUUUAAAGCCUCACAAUGUGUUGCUCUUUACGCUGUAUCCUAAUUCAGCAGUUAUUGCAAAGAUAGCUGACUAUGGCAUUGCCCAGUACUGUUGUAAAAUGGGAAUAAAAACUUCUGAAGGCACACCAGGAUUUCGAGCACCAGAGGUGGCCAGAGGAAAUGUUAUUUACAAUCAGCAAGCUGAUGUUUAUUCAUUUGGCUUGCUGCUUUAUGACAUUUUAACGGGAGGGGGUAGAAUAAUGGAAGGCUUGAAGUUUCCAAAUGAAUUUGAUGAAUUGGCAAUACAAGGAAAGUUACCAGAUCCUGUCAAAGAAUAUGGGUGUGCUCCCUGGCCUAAAGUUGAAAAUUUAAUUAAAAAGUGUUUGAAGGAAAACCCUCAGGAGCGGCCAACAUCUUCCCAGGUUUAUGAGAUCCUGAAUUCUGCGGAACUUAUCUGUUUGAUGAGGUAUGUUUCCAUACCCAGCACGUCCACAGCAGAGUGCAUGGUAGCUGCCAAUCAAAGCUGCAAGAAGGCAGGAGUCUGGAUAGGCAACGGGAACACAGAAAAAGCACAACUUUCGUUUGUUAACCUAAAUACAGAUGGACAUAGUUGUGAGGAUAUUGCAGACAGUAAAAUUUUAAGUUUGGUCUUGGUGACCCUUCCUACUGAGAAAGAAAACUGGAUUGUAGCAGGAACCCAAUCUGGUUCUCUGUGGGCAGUUAACACAGAAGAUGAAACAAAAAGACAUCGUCUGCAGAAAAUGUCAGAUUCCAUCACUUGUUUAUACUGUAAUUCUCUUUCAAAGCAAAGCAAACAGAAGAAUUUCUUCUUGGCAGGCACAGCUGAUGGCAGAUUGGCAGUUUUUGAAGACAGAGCAGUAAAGUGUAAGGGUGCUACACCUCUGAAGAUACUAACUAUAGGAAAUAUUAGUACACCACUCAUGUGCUUAAAACAAUCUUCAUACUUAGCUGAAAAAAAUAUAAUUUGGGGAGGCUGCGGAACAAAGAUCAUCGCAUUAACUAGUGAUUUCUCUGUUCAAAAGCUCAUUGAAACAAAGACGAGCCAACUGUUCUGUCAUAAUGCCUACAGUGAUGCAAACAUUAUUUCAAUAGCAAUAGACAAAUCCAUCUACUUGGCAAAGAAAAACAGCCAUUUUGUGGAAAUCUGGGACAAGAAGACAGAAAAACUUUCUGAACUAAUUGACUGUGCACAUUUUCUUAAGGACAAAGUGGAAAAACUAAAUAAGGACUCAAAACAUAAACUGGCUUACUCUGGAAGAGUGAAGACAAUCUGCUUGCAGAAAAAUACCGCGCUGUGGAUAGGUACUGGAGGAGGACAUAUCUUGCUGCUUGAUUUAUCAACACGUCGUCCUGUACAAGUUAUAGACAACUUCUGUGAUUCUGUCAGAGUUAUGAUAACAGCUCAGCUAGGGCAUCUCAAGAAUGCAGUCCUGGUUUUGGGAUAUUGCUAUGAAAGUGAUACUGAAGACAACAAAUGUCACAAAGAAUUACAGUCCUGCGUGGCAGUGUGGGACAUUAACCUGCCCCAUGAAGUGCAAAACCUGAAAAAACAUAUAGAAAUGAGACAGGAAUUAGCAGAAAAACUGAAGAGCUUUUCUUUGGACUGAAAAGUCACCCUGCAAAUGCCAUUCUCUUUUCUAGUCAUCCAUAACUUACUGUGCAACAUUUGCAUCUUAUUCUUGCUGGAGUUUUCAGUUGAAAGCAAGGAAGAACAUUGCCCUGAGAUAGUUGGUAUUCUUAGGAUACCAAGAAAAAAGGUUAACUUAUGUGUAAUAUUUGAAAGGACAGAGAGCUAUUGAGAAUUUCUGAAUCCAAAAAGCUAGCAUACAGUCAUGCCAUUGUGAACAUUACUAUUUACAUAUGUCUGUUGUACAGCUCACUUUGAAAGGAAAAGAGAAAACACAGGGUGAAAGCUCCUGCUUAAAUGCUGAUACAACCCAUACCACAGA